ACUCCCGCUGAAGGAAAACGAGCCGACGUCCACGGCCACGCCCACGCCCACCAGAGCCCAAACUAACGCACCAGCACAGGCAAAAAAUCCGCACAUAUCAGCAACCGCUCCACGUGGCCAGUAUACCGCACUUGGCAACGAAUCAGCCACUCCACACACACCCAGUUCCACGCCCAACGGGUGCCGACGUCGCAGCUCGCUGACCAACUCUCCGGCCUCGCCCUCGCCCACACCCACGCUUAACGUGCAGGAGGGGGAGCCCAACAACAACGAGGAGGAGUUCUACACGCCGCUGGACAGUCAGACGCCCGCCCAUAAGCACACGCACGACUACAAACUCUAUCCGCACGACACUUUCGCACGUCUCGAGGGGAAGCCACCGACGCCCAAUAUCAAAAUGCAAAGCAAAGUGGAUGCAGUGGGUCGCAUUACCGGCCAGUGGGGCAAAUGGCAGCUGCGCACAGUACUUUUAAUUUUUCUGUGCAAAAUACCCUCCUCCUGGUUCAUGGCAUGCAUCAUUUUUACGGCACCCGCGCCCCGGCAUGGCGAAUUCUUUUGCAAGCCGCCAGCAGAGAUUGGCACCCAAAAUCAGACGCAAUGGAUCAAGGUGUCUCAUCCGCAAAAGGAGGAGAAGGAGGAUCAGGAGUUCAGCAUCGAUUUCUGCAAUAUCUACGAGGAUGCGCAGGAGCAUGCGCAUCACUACUACAAAUACGAGGACAGUGCACAGGAGCCGCGCGUCUGGGAGAAGCCGCUCAAUCGCAACUCGAAUGUGAUACCCUGCACGGAGUUUCAGCAUGAGAGCGACUACCAUUCGGUGGUCACGCAAUACGAUCUGGUCUGCUCGCGCGAUAUACUUGUCUCGGUGACGCAGUUCUUCCAUCUGUUUGGCGUCCUCACGGGCGGCAUUUUGGCCAAUCACUUAUUGAAAUACUUUAGUCCACGCAGCGUUAUGCUCUUUGGCAUGAUCACACAAAUCUUUUGUGGCAAUCUGACUGGCCAUGUGGCCUCCUAUGAACUUCAUGUAUUCUUUAGAUGCCUCUCCGCUGUCUGCUGCGCUCAGAUGUACACCGCUGGCGGCAUGAUAAUGUCCGACAUUACGGGCGGCAAAUAUCGUACGUGCGUCUCGACGCUAUUCGAGCAAUUCUGGUCAAUUGGCGUUAUGAUGCUGCCAGGCGUUGCCAGUUUUUGGUCCAGCUGGUCUCACCUCUAUAUGGCCAUCUCCUGGCCCACAGUGAUACUCAUCUACCUGUGGCAAUGGAUACCCGACUCGCCGCGCUGGAUGAUUGAGCGCGGGCGUGUACAGGAUGCCAAAAAGAUAUUGCUCCAGUGCGCCGAAAUGAACGGAACCCGCCUCAGUCUGCCGCAUGACAUUGACCAGCAGCUGGAGCUGCAGGCACAAACGGCCAUGGAUGCGCCUCCACCGGCCGGCUGGUGGUCCAUCUGGAAGGGUGAAAAAGCUAAACGGCACAUGAUCUGCGUGCAUCUGGCCUGGUCGCUGUACAUCAGCGUCUACUACGGCUGCCUGCUGAACAUACGCUCCUUCAGUCGGGAGCACCUGUACAUCAACACCUUUGUGGCCGGCUUCAGUGAGAUGAUUGGCACCUUUAUUGGACUCUAUUUGAUAAUGAACACCACACGGAAAUGGCUCUGGGCGGGUAUAUUCAAUAUUGUGGCCGGCUGUUUUGCCUGGUGCUGCUGGCUGGUGCCCAAGCCGGGCGAGGUGUCGCUGGAUGCGAACGUUGCGAUGCUCAUGUGCACGGCUAUGGUAUCCAAAAUGGCCAUUUCUACUUCACUUUCCAUACUGACCACAAGCACCGUGGAAUUGGUUAGCCAGGAGAAGCGUAAGAUAACCUCCUUUUCGACGAUUUGCUGGGCUCGGUUCUGGCUACUGGGUGCACCGUUCAUUGGAUCCACCGUUGUCAUUGGCCAGCUAAUACCGCAGACCUCCUACACCGCGCUGGCUGUCAUUGGCGGCAUUUGCAUGUCCCUGAUCAGCAGUCCACGCACACAUCCCAUCUCCAGGCCCUCCUCACCGGUUUCGCAUGGCGCUCAGAACAUGGCAACACAAUUUACGGUCAUCGAUGGACUGGACAACAAAGGCUAUGUGCCCAGUUCCAACUCCAAUACCAUCUACGCUACGAAUACUUUUAGGAAGUUGACCACCCCUCAAUCGAAUCUACCUCCACAACUAUUGCCCGGCAUUUGGACGACCAAAAUACACGAAGACGGGCCACCAAUGUAAUAUAAUACACAGCUGUACGUGCAGAAGGAGAUUCGGGCGAUCAAAAAGCCGUUUAAAUUUCGCAAGUUUGAGGUUGCAAUAAUUGAUUCGGAUUUUGGUGGCGCUGUGAAGUGUACAAACGGACAGUCCAACAAUUUGAUAUACUCUAUAAACCAGUCUUUUGUGCUGUAUACACAUGAUUUAAUAUCAAGAUUUGUCUAGAAUCGAACUUUUAUAAUGCACAUACCCAAACUUUUUGCUAUUUGUGUAAGCAAAGUUCAAGCGCUAUUCGCCCUGUACAAUACAACCGAGCACAAUUUACAAGUGAACUCAAUUUGAAUGCUCAAAAGAAAUAAGAAAAAAAUGAUUACUAAUAAUUAUCUUAAAUGUCAAAGAUACAUUUUUAAGUAGACAAACUUUUAAGCUUAAAGCUAAAUACAAUAUUUCAAUUAAAUGAAAAGACGCUCGUAGGUAAAAA